CCUCACCCCCGCAGCCCCCCGCAGCGCUUUUCUGCUGACAGGUGACAAGUGACAGGAGGAAGGAAGAGGAAGGAACCCUGGAAGCAAGCACGAGGCACAUGCUAAAACUGAAAUCUGUUAGAACUUGAAACCUCGCCGAGAGUGCUGUUCAUCAUGGAUUCCUGGAGGUCUAUCGGCUUGCCGGUCGCAGGUGUUUCUUUGAUAAGUGCUCUCGGUUAUUACUGUCUGUCCCGGCCGGUGAAGGCAAAAUCGCCGAGGCAGAAGAGGCUCAAGAAGCAGCAGGAGAACAUGAUACUGUUCUUUGACGAAUCUGGAGCCAAGUGUUAUUCUUGCCCAGACCACAACAUUAGCACAUGCCUUGUGGAGCAAUGCCCAUUGAGACAUUUGUGGAAAAUAGUAAAGAUUGUUAGUGAAGCAAGAUACACAGUUGAUGUGUGUCUGUAUUCUUUGACACAUCCAGAUUUGGAGAACGCGUUUUUGAAUCUCCUCAAAAAUGGGAAGAAGGUUAGAUGUGUGUUUGGAAUGAGGAAUGACGAGGAGGAUAGGUCAGUGAAAUUACUUCGAUCAGAAGGUGCCUUUGUGACAGUGAAAGAUCGCCAUUCACCUGCAACAGUUCCAUCAAAAUUUGUAAUUCCAUACCUUCUUAUGCAUCACAAGUUUGUAAUUGUCGACAACAGAAUUUUAAUCACAGGUUCGAUGAAUUGGACUACAUCUGUAAGUGUUAUUCAGAGCUUUCAUGCAAACUGGGACCAUAUCAUCAUCAGCACAGACAAAUUUUUAGUCAGCCAAUUCGUUGAAGAAUUUGAAUGCCUUCAUGCUGGGGGUGCUGGUGGGGAUGAAAAGACUUACAUCACAAGACCGACAGUUGGACCUUCUCUCCAAGCUAUCUUUUUUAGGAAGCAGUCCCUCUUGUGUAGACCUGAUGCUAACCGAAAAAAAAAGUGUGACCGCCCAGACUGCAUGUUCACUGUUUACAGAGCUGUUCUUCACCAUAUUGUAUCAGCAUCAGUGUCUAUCGACAUCUGUGUACAACAAUUGACACUGGAAGAUGUUGGCAAUGAAUUAGUCCUAAGUCAUGAUAAUGGUAUCAAAAUUCGAGUCAUCUCUGAUAGAGCAUAUGCAAGAGGCACUGGAAGCCAAAUACCUUAUUUUAUUAAAGAAGGUAUUCCAGUUCAUAUGAAAUCUGAUCAAGAAACCGUCCAUCAUAAGUUUAUAAUUGUGGAUGGGAAAACUGUACUAUCAGGUUCACUAAACUGGACUAUGCAGAGUUUUUUUGGCAAUUAUGAAAAUCUGCUAGUAAUAAGGGAUGCUGAUCUUGUCUCUGAAUUUCAAAGGGAGUUUGAGAGGUUGUGGGAAUUCUUUCCGACGGCAAAUAGUGUAAGGGCAUAGUUGCCUGGGCAAGAAUAUUAUCUGUAGAUCUAGCUCUUGAAAGGGGGAAAUCAGAAGUCCUUUCAGAGAUUUUAAAAGUGUUGUGACCUGACCUACUGUACAACUUAAGUAUUAGUGUGUAGGCAUAUAUUUUUAGUACCUUGUGUUCUGACAAAGAGAGUGAGACUUUGCAAUUUUUAAAAAAAUUAAGUGUUUCUUGUUUCUGUCUUGUGAGUUAUCUCAAGCAUGAGAGCAUGUGUUCUUGUUAAGUUUUUAACUUAUGUGAUACAGAAAAUAUGAUGCAUGAUAACUGUGAAUUAAUUGCCAGUUUUGUAGCCCGUCCAGUUAUUUUACCGAACUGAAACAUAAGUGGCAGGGCUGACAAAUAAAGUGACGAAUUUUCUGUGUUGG